AUGGGCUCGACAGAGACUCAGAUGGCUGCGCCAGAAUUCCGAUACAUUCCCCUGUCAUACAGCCAUGCGGACUCCCAAGCAUCUGCUCUCAGGCUAAUCUUGGCGCUCAAUCCUGACUGGGAGGGUCCUGGCAACAAUAUUGAGUUCGUGCGGUUCACCGACGGCAUCACCAACACUCUCUUGAAAAUUAUCAAUCUGAAACCUGGCCUGACGGAGGAACAAAUAGACAAUGAGGCAGUACUGAUGAGGGCGUACGGAAAUGGCACAGAGGUCCUCAUAGAUCGCGAAAGAGAAACCAAGUCCCAUGCACUCUUGGCCAGCCGUGGCCUGGCCCCGCCCCUCCUCGCUCGAUUCAAAAACGGCCUGCUCUACCGCUUCAUCCGCGGCAAGCCCUGCGGCCACCAGGAUCUAGUCUCUCCGCCUAUCUGGCGCGGCGUCGCCCGCCGCCUGGCGCAGUGGCACGCCGUCUUGCCUAGUAGCGGAGCCGCGUCUGCCAAGGAUGCCUCUGUGGCUGAGAUCGCGGCCUCCCGGGACGAUGAGAUCACCGUAAUCAAGCCCCGGCGUGCGGGCCCGUCUAUGUGGGCUGUGCUACAGAAGUGGGUGCUGGCUUUGCCCGUCACCACGCCCGAGCAGCGUGCUCGCCGGUUGAGUCUGCAAGCAGAGCUGCAGUGGGUUUUGGAUAUCCUGGAUGAUGGGAAGGGGAUUGGUGAAGACGGGCUCGUCUUCUCGCACUGCGAUCUCCUCUACGGCAUCGCGCCUGUCAACUUCAUCGAUUAUGAAUAUGCUGUCCCUGCGCCCGCGGCCUUCGAUAUCUCCAACCACCUUGCUGAGUGGGGUGGCUAUGACUGCGACUACAACAUGAUGCCGACAAAGUCUGUGCGCCGUCAGUUCCUUACUGAGUACACGAAGAGCUACUGUGAACAACGCGGUCUUGAUGCUUCGUCCCAGGCUGAGAUUGUCGACCGGCUGUACGAGGAUGUUGACCGCUUCCGUGGCAUUCCUGGUCUCUACUGGGGCGUUUGGGCACUCAUCCAAGCGCAAAUCUCCCAGAUCGACUUCGACUACGCCAGCUACGCUGAGAUCCGUCUCGGCGAGUACUAUGCGUGGAAGCGCGAGGCAGACGGAAGCCGCAAGCAGGCUGGCGAGGAGAUGCCGCUGCGCGAGUCCCGCUGGGCAUCAGAGGAGUAA